AUGUCUGACGAAGGACUAGCUGAUCCCUCUCUCGGAGACUCUCUCCAGCAAUCCGACAACGUUCUCAAGCGAGAAUCUUCCCAGGGCGGACCUGGUGACGUUGGGUCUGACGAUGAUGAUGCCGGCGGAAAGCUCGGCCGAGAGCGACGAAAGAUUGAAAUCAAGUUCAUCCAGGACAAGUCGCGACGACACAUUACCUUUUCCAAGCGAAAGGCCGGAAUUAUGAAGAAGGCAUACGAACUGUCUGUGCUCACCGGCACCCAGGUUCUGCUGCUGGUCGUGUCUGAGACCGGACUUGUGUACACCUUCACUACCCCCAAGCUGCAGCCCCUUGUCACAAAGCCCGAGGGCAAGAACCUGAUCCAGGCCUGCCUUAACGCGUCGGAUGACGUUCCUGUGGCUGCCGCUGAAAGCCAAGAUGCCCGACAGCAGCAGCAACAACACCAGCAGCGUCAUGGUAGCCACGUCAACAGCCAAGCCAACGGUCCCGGCGGAUCGCAGGUGGCGGGUGGCGAGCUUCCUGACCAGCUGGUUGAAGACCAGCUCGGAGGCCAUCCCGGUCUGGCUCGAGGCCCCCCUCCUAACAUGGGGGGCAUGCAGCCCGGAAUGAACUACAACAUGAACCAGGACUCUGCGGCACAGGCCUACCAGCAUUACCUGUCGAUGCCCCAGCAGCAGCAACAGCAGCAACAGCAGCAGCAGCAGCGAUACAUGGCUGCUCAGCCCGGGCACAUGCCCCACCAGGCUCACCAGUAA